GCUACGGCUGCCACAGCUGAGAUGUGUUGCCUGCUGCAGUGCGAUGCCGGCAUACGAUUGGCUAGCUGGGGAAAGAUGUAGCCUGGGCGUAGAGGGUUAAACGCAUCAGAGUCCUUCCCUCCCUCCCCUCUCCUCCCGUACUAUUACAUUUUAGGUGCUGCAUAGUGGAGAUCUUUUUGCCAGCUUCAAUCCUCCUCCCCCCCUUCUCCUCCUUCCUUCUCCUACUUAGCAUCUGGGGAUGCAGAGAGCAAGGUGGGUGGGGUCCUUCCUUUUAGAGAUGUUCACCGUAUUCCUUCUGACUAUGGAUGCCCGUCUCUGCCGACUGCAGAAUUAAAAUUUAUAAUUACCGGGGAAGGAGGCAUGAGAGGACAAGUUCCGUCAGCAGGCUCACCUGAUCCAACUCUACCGUAUCUAUGCAAGCGGCUUAUUAGGAGAGGAGAAAAUUGCUUGCACUUGCAAGGUGCCGCUGUGCAAAAAAAAAUUCGUACCGGAAAGGAAUUGCUGUUUUUAUUUGCUGACUGACCGCAGCUGCAUUUUUGUUUUUGUGCAAGAGGGUGCAGCUGAAAAAAAAAGAAGCUCAGUGCCACACCUGGAAGCCGGCUUAGGCUCAGCUCAAGGUUGCCGAGGAUGGCUUGGCCUUGUGUGACCAGGGCAUGUUGCAUCGCUCGUUUCGGCAAUAAGCAAGACAAGGGGGACAUUGCAGUCCCUUUAAUGUUCUCGAAAUAUUCGGAGGUAACAGACGGUACUCAGUCGCUACCACGCCCUGGGUCUGCUGCCAUAGAAACCCAGCCGUGCUACGGGGGCCAGUCUAGGUCAUCGAAAGAGUUGUCUUCCAGGGGCUCCGUCAUGAGGCAGGACUACAAGCCCUGGAAAUCCACCCCCGAGCCCAGCUGCAAACCUCGAAGCGAGUACCAGCCUUCCGAAGCCCCUUUGGAAAGGGAGACCCAGUACAAGAAAGAUUAUCGCUCCUGGCCGAUCCCUCGCCAAGGUGACCAUCCUUGGAUCCCGAAGCCCAUCCCUCACAGCCCCUCCAUGCACAUCCAUCCCACUGUUCUGGAAAACAAGAAGACGGAUGUCAUGGGCUCUAUUUUGCCACCCUUGGAGAAAAGGAUCAGUGAUCUGGACCCUAGGGAGAGCCUCGAGCACAGGUUGAUGAAAGGAAGGGUGGCGAUUGCAUAUAACGUGACCCCGGAGAUUUUGGUGUCUGUAGUGCAGGAAAGCAAAGUCAUCCAACAUCGGGAGCUGAUGGCCAAACCACCUCCCAAGGAGACAAGUCAAGGAGAGGAGGACGGUAGAGGCGGCUCUUCAUACAGAAAUGAGUUCAGAGCCUGGACAGACGUGAAGCCUGUGAAAUCAAUCAAGGCCAAGUACCAGUACAAGCCUCCAGAGGAGAGGGUGGCCCCAGAGUCCAGCUACACGGCCAUGUUCAAAGGGGAGUGCAACCAGCCCGUAGCCGGUGACAACAAGCUGACUGAGCGUAGGAGGAUACGAAGCCUAUACAGUGAGCCCCAAAAGGAAUCAACAAAGGUGGAGAAGCCGAGCGUCCAGACCUCCAAACCAAAAAAGAUCACCCCAAGCCAUAAACCUGUGAAGAAGGCCAAAGACAAGCAGCUGACCCCGGGGCGAGCCUCCAAGAAGAAGGCGGCCGAGACCGCCACCUCCACCGCCAAACCGGACGACAAGGAGAAGAGCAAAGAGAUAAAUAAUAAGCUGGCCGAAGCGAAAGAGUAAUUUAAUAGCACUUACUACUACUACCGUAUUAUUUUUCUUACCAAGGCCACAGAAUAUGUUGGAGAUUGCUUAUGCUUUGAUUGUAUUCUAGAGUUCUCGUUCCUUUUUCUCUCCCCCCUUUCCUCCCGUCUUCACUCGGUUGCCCGCACUUUUCCGACACCGAACCGUUCUAAAGGUUUUAUUUGUCGUGCGAUCAAGAUGUGAGAAUGGUCAAUUCUAUAUGUGCUCACGGUGCUACAAAUCAGAAUGUAUCGUUCUACGUGACGGUUCGCCUUCCCUGUCAUGUCCCUAAACUCCCGUGUGUGGUAACUUGGUGUAACAUGUACUCAGUGGUUGAAAGUUGAUAGUUGAUAGCGUCUAUGUAGUAGGA